AUGGCCAUCGGCUGGGCUAGGCCCAUGGAAACAGUAACAAAGCAACAUAAAGUGGCCCUUCAAAGGUUUUCCGCCCCUCAUGGACUGCCUUUCUCUGCUGAUAAAGGACAUUCGUUUCUUGCUACCAAGGAAAAACAAGUCAGCUACCAGCAUGGUUACUAUGGCGAGAUUUACAUUGGCGAGCCACCGCAAAAGUUUAAUGUGGUGUUUGAUACGGGCAGUGCUGAUGUUUGGGUGGUAUCAUCCAACUGCGUUACCGUGGAUACAUGUAAACACCACCGUCAGUUUGUUACCAAUGCUUCUACGAGCUAUUCGAGCUAUGGAGACGACGGUGAUGAAACCAUUGAAGUUAACUAUGGAAGUGGGCAGAUUCGAGCUCACUUGGGACGUGAUAAAAUCCAGGUGGCAGGCAUUACCCUGGAUGAUCAAGUCGUUGCCGACGCCCACGAAUUAUCCCACGAAUUCAUGGCCACACCUUUUGACGGUAUAUUUGGUCUCGCCAUGACGGAUUUGAGCAAUUCGCUCAAUCCACCUCCGUUCUAUGCCAUGCAAGGCGUGCUUGACGAACCAUUAUUUGCCAUCUAUACAACAGCGACAGGAGGAGAAAUUGAUUUUGGCGCGAUUGAUACGACAAGGUAUGAAGGCGAUCUCUUGUACGCUGAUCUUAUAGCAUCUGGUUAUUGGAUGGUGCGUAUGGACGAGGUUGUUUUCGGCGGGGAAGCUCUUGGUCCUCGUAGAGCCAUUGUCGACAGUGGCACCACACUUAUUUUGACAUCGGCUGAGGAUGCCGAGAAAAUUCAUGGCGAUAUUCCGGGUGCUUUAUCAAAUGGGGACGGGACGUGGUCGGUACCAUGCGGAGAUAUCAAGUCUUUGCCCGAGUUGACGUUGACGAUCAAUGGCGUGAAUUUGUGGUUGACGCCUGAUAAAUACAUCAUGCAUUCGGAUGAUAUGAUGCGAACAAUGUGCCUGUCUGGAAUUGCAGGUCAAACUAUUGGACGCAGAGAUACUUGGAUUCUCGGAGACGUUUUUAUGAAACAAUAUUAUACGGUCUUUGAUCUUGGUAAUCGUCGCGUGGGAUUUGGCCUUAGUCGUCCCGAAGGUCUGUGA